ACAGGCCUCUCGCAGCCUACGUGCAGACAGACAUGAGCUAAAGUAAAGAAGGAGGUCUUCUGACCCAUUCAAACCACUGACAGACUGCUGUGGGAGCCUGUGGAGGUAAAGAUGCUCAUGACAAGCUUGUGCCUCAUCUUCUUCUUCAUUAUCUCUGGCCCGGUGGAUGCUCAGUAUGAGAAGUACAGCUUUAAAAGUUUCCCUCAGAAGGACAUCAUGCCGCUGGACUCCGCGUACAACUACGCGAUGGAGCAGUACGCGGCGAAGAACUGGGCAGAGAGCAUCAAGUACCUGGAGCUGAGCCUGCGGCUCCACCGGCUCCUGCGGGACAGCGAGGCUUUUUGCAGCCGCAACUGCAGCUCCGUCAGCCGGGAUAACGACACCCUGUUCGAGGACAACAGCCUCCGCCUCAUGCGCCACAUCCUGCUGAGAGCUGCGUGCCUUAAAAAGUGCAAGGCAGAUUUUCCAGUGUUUAAACUCACAUAUCCACGCAGGGAUUUACUGGAGACAUUCGAGAAAAGGAUACCGUAUCGGUACAUACAGUAUGCGUACUACCAGCUUAACAACCUGGAGAAGGCGGUCGCAGCGACUCACACCUUCCUGAAGAAGAACCCGAAUGAUCUCCUCUUAACCAAGAAUAUGAACUACUACAAGACGCUGUUUGACGUGGAGGAAUAUCUCAUCGACCACGAGGAGCAGCCAUAUGAAGGUGUUUUCUUGAAAAGCGUGACGCUCUACAACAGCGGAGACUUCAGCAGCAGUGCCAGAAACAUGGAGCAGGCCAUUACGCAGUACUUUGAAAUCUAUAACCUCUGCUUAGCAGGCUGCGAAGGCGCAUACGAGAUCCUGGAGUUCAAAGAUUUCUAUCCCAGCCUGGCAGAUCUCUAUAAAGAUGCGCUGAAAUGCAAAGUUAAAUGUGAGGAGAACCUGACGCCCAGCGUUGGAGGCUUCUUUGUGGAGAAGUUUGUAGCCACCAUGUAUCACUACCUCCAGUUUUCUUAUUAUAAAUUGAAUGACGUGAAGAACGCUGCUCCGUGUGCGGCCAGUUACAUGCUGUUUGACCCCAAAGACCAGGUGAUGCAGCAAAAUGUGGCGUAUUAUCGUUUCUACCGGGAGCAGUGGGGCCUCGAAGACAACGACUUUCAGCCUCGGCCUGAGGCCCUGAGGUACUUUAACCAGACGACCAAGCAGAAAGAAAUGCUGGAGUUUGCACUAAACUACCUGCAAACAGACGACGAGGAUGUUGUAGGUCCAGAAGAAAUGGCCGAAUCUCGCUCAGAGCAACCUGACAUUGAGUUUGAGGGACUGGGGGACUAUGAGGAGUCCUUCCUGGCUGAUUGGUGGCAAGAACCCAAAACUAAGUGGGACACUGGAGAAGCCAUCGACUGAUAUGUGUCUUCAUAUUUGAGCAGAACACUUUCACGUCCAACUCUGUCCCACCUCCCAUGAAAACAUGCCAAAAAAAUGCUCACCCACCUACAAGCAUCUAGAUUCCCAUCAGUAUUAUGCAGAAAAAGCACAAGCUGCACAUAACCCCCCCCCCCCCCCCCCC